AUGGCGGACCACGGACCCGCCCGCCUUGAAACUGAGCUCGAGCUACUACAGGCCAUGUACCCCGACCACACACACUACAAUCCCAACUCCCGCGAGUUUAAGUUCACCAAUCAUGGCCAUUGCUCCUUCCUUCUUCGCUUACCGGAGACGUAUCCCGAUUCAGGAUUUCCCGACAUCAUCUCUGCAACGGAUGCAGCCAAGAAUGAUUUGCGGCUACGUCUGAGAGAAGCCGUAGCAGAGUUGACACUACUUGAGGGAGAGGAAUCGCUCGAUGCCAUCGUUGCGACCUUUGAACGUCUCAUCGAGUCUGCUUCUUCGGAUCUGAAUCCCCCUCAGAGUGCCAGUGCCACUUCUGAUACCCCAAAAACAAUCAUCAUAUGGCUGCAUCAUCUUCUCAACACCAACAAGCGCAAACUUGCCCUCUCGCCCCCAUCCUCGUCGCCUCCCGUCUCGGGUCUCACCAAGCCAGGCUAUCCAGGCGUCCUCGUCUACUCGGGCCCAUCCCCAUCUGUCACCGAGCACGUCAAUUUGCUAAAGGCCCAAAACUGGCAAGCCUUCCAGGUACGCUACGAGGAAGACGAGCUUUGGCACUUUGCACAUGGUACAGGUGUCAAGGAAGUCGAGACCAUGAGCGACGUUGUCAAGGGCGUCGAGGCACAAAAUCACACAGCCAACGAACAAAAGGAUAAGCUGCUCAAGGCCGUUGGUAUAAAAUAA